GAGAUAGAAGUACGAAUGAGCCUAAAUGACGCGUCAUGGACAAUGCUCCCCUGGGAACGAUGCAAUCAUUUUGCAUCUUCCCAACGAUCCUAUUUUGGCUGCCAUCAUCUUUAAAUUCUUGCAAAGAAAAUUACCAUUGCGACAGAUAGCUCAAUAGAUUUCUUUAUUUCUUCAUAGGUAUUACGGACAAGCUUACCGAAACCAGCAAAUGUCCCCUUUGUGACACCGAAGAUAUUCAGGCAAAGCAGUUGAUCCCCAAUCGGUCACUGAGACAUGCCAUUGAAGCCUUUAAGGAACAAGAAGCCGCCAUGGAGAAGGACGGACAGCAAAACGAUCAGGAUCAUAUGGGCGAAUCGUCCUCGCAAUCGGGACAGCAAGAGUCUAUGGAUGUUGACACGUCAGCGUUGCAGCAUUCCGUUCCACCAACUAGCAAACAGUCAUCUAUCGGGACAAAAGGUGGUUUGCCUAUCCAGGUAUUCGAAUCAGAAGAACGUACUACUCGCGCCAAGCAUAAACCUUCAGCUGGGCCCGGCAUGGACAUGGAUGCAAUGGGUUUCCCUGGCAAUCCUGCCAUGAUGGUGGGAGCACCGUCAGCGGACAUGUUUGGUGGCGCUGGACCUGAUAUGCCGUGGAUGGGAAUGGGCAUGCCUCCACCGGGUAUGAAUCCAAUGAUGGCCAUGGCCAUGGGCGGUCCAGAAUGGGGAUUCGGCAUGCCACCUGAUAUGGCAGGUCCUGGUUUCCCUCCCGGUUUCAUGGGCGGUCCAGAUGACAUGUUUCCUCCAGGUAUGCCUUUCCCUGGUAUGCCACCGCAAGAGAUGUUUGGAUUUGGUGGACCGAAUGGCAUGCCUCCCUUUCCAAUGGGCGGCGGAGGUCGAGGUGGACCAAUGCGUGGACGAGGACGAGGUCGAGGUGGUUACGUACCUCACAUGCGACCGAAAAGCAAUUCUGUGAGCGAGAGACGAAGUGAAGCUGAGCAUAGUGACACCAACAUGUCGACCAAGGGCAUCGAUAUGGCAGGCCCCGAAGAAGCUGUGCCCACCGGACCAAGAGCCGAACGUGAUCGCAGAAGCCCCUCACGACAAACUUAUUCUUCCAAUCGAUAUCGCCAUUCCCGCUCUCCCAGCAGCCGAAGCCGUCGACGAUCCAGCAGUCGUUCACGCUCACCUGUACGUGCCGAGGAUACAGGACGACGAGGUCAUUCAUCCGUUAGCCGUUCGCCAGUGCGAUCACACAUCAUACCAGAAGAAAGAUACAGACGCUCUACGACAAAAUCAGAUUCAGGACGUCAUCGUCAUUCGUCGAAACAUCGCAGCCGAGACUAUGACAGAGACCGCGAGGAUGAUCGAGACAGAGAAAGAGGUGGUCGAGAAAGAGAUCGUGAGAGAGAACGCGACCGUGAUCGGGACCGCGGAAGAGAUCGAGAUCGAGAUCGAGAAAGGGAUCGCGACAGAGGUAAAGAUCGAGACCGAGACCGAGAUCGGGAGAGAAGUCGGAACAGAGAUAGAGAUCGGCACAGGGAUCGCAGUAGAGAUAGAAGUAGCCGAGAUCGUAGUCGACGUCGAGAUAGAGACAGAGGGUAGAGGAAAGCUAGUUUAGUCAUUACACAUUAUUGCUCUUCUUUUUUUUUCCCUUUUUUUUUCUUUUGGUUAU